AUGAUUGAUGUUGGGUCUACACAUUUUUAUAUAGCUUGCACUGUGUUUGAGACUUUGGGUAUAUUGGUUGAAAACACUGUGAGUGAGGUAACUGUGUUGAGUCUAUUAGGGCAGUCAGUGAGAGUGAAUAAACUAUUUAAGGAUGUACCUUUGGAGGUUCAAAGAAUGAUCUUUUUGGAGGAUUUAAUGGAACUCCCUUUUGGAGAAUUCGACUUAAUACUGGGAAUGGACUGCCUAGUUAAACAUCAAGUGAAUUUGGACUGCAAUGCUAAACGGAUGGUACUGAAAACUGCAGAAGGUGAUGAGGGUUCGUCUAUUAAAGAUAUCAGAACAGUUAAGGACUUUCCAGAUGUUUUUCACGAUGAGCUACCUGGGUUUCCUCCAAGCUAUGAUGUUGAGUUUGGGAUUGAGCUCAUGCCUAGUAUAGCUCUAGUGUCUAUCACACUUUAUAGAAUGGCAUCGAAGGAGCUAAUGGAGCUUAAGGCUUAG